GAAGGGCGGGGCGAGUCCGCCGCUCGGCAGCCAAUGGCGGGCGUGGAGCGGUUGUAAAAAUAAAUUAUUGUAUAAAUUGUAUUACACCUGGGCCAUGUCAUCUAUAUUGCCAUUUACCCCACCUGUGGUGAAGAGACUGUUAGGGUGGAAGAAGUCUGCCAGUGGCUCAGGAGGUGCAGGUGGAGGCGAACAAAAUGGUCAAGAAGAAAAGUGGUGUGAGAAAGCAGUGAAGAGUUUGGUCAAGAAGCUCAAGAAGACAGGACAACUGGAUGAGCUGGAGAAAGCAAUCACAACUCAGAACUGCAAUACAAAAUGUGUUACGAUACCAAGCACUUGCUCUGAAAUUUGGGGACUGAGUACACCAAAUACGAUAGAUCAGUGGGAUACAACAGGCCUAUACAGCUUCUCUGAACAAACCAGGUCUCUUGAUGGCCGCCUGCAAGUAUCCCACCGUAAAGGAUUACCACAUGUUAUUUACUGCCGUUUGUGGCGCUGGCCUGAUCUUCAUAGUCAUCAUGAACUUAAGGCAAUUGAAAACUGUGAAUAUGCAUUUAAUCUUAAAAAAGACGAAGUAUGCGUAAAUCCGUACCAUUACCAGAGAGUGGAGACUCCAGUUCUUCCACCUGUCCUGGUGCCGCGGCAUACUGAAAUUUUGACUGAACUUCCACCACUUGAUGACUAUACUCAUUCCAUUCCCGAAAAUACUAACUUUCCAGCAGGAAUUGAACCACAGAGCAAUUACAUACCAGAAACACCUCCACCUGGUUAUAUCAGUGAAGAUGGAGAAACAAGUGACCAGCAGUUGAACCAAAGUAUGGAUACAGGUUCUCCAGCAGAAUUGUCUCCUAGCACACUCUCUCCUGUCAAUCACAGCCUAGACUUGCAGCCAGUUACCUAUUCAGAACCUGCAUUUUGGUGUUCAAUAGCAUAUUAUGAAUUGAAUCAGAGAGUGGGAGAAACCUUCCAUGCAUCGCAGCCUUCACUUACCGUAGAUGGCUUUACGGAUCCAUCAAACUCUGAAAGAUUCUGCCUAGGGUUGCUCUCCAAUGUGAAUAGAAAUGCCACUGUGGAAAUGACAAGACGGCACAUAGGAAGGGGAGUACGUCUGUAUUAUAUUGGUGGGGAAGUUUUUGCUGAGUGCCUAAGUGAUAGUGCAAUCUUUGUUCAGAGCCCCAAUUGUAAUCAAAGAUACGGAUGGCAUCCUGCAACUGUGUGCAAAAUCCCACCAGGUUGCAACUUGAAGAUCUUUAAUAACCAGGAAUUUGCUGCUCUUUUGGCUCAGUCUGUAAAUCAGGGCUUUGAAGCAGUGUACCAGUUAACCCGAAUGUGUACCAUAAGAAUGAGUUUUGUCAAAGGAUGGGGAGCUGAAUACAGGCGGCAGACGGUAACAAGCACUCCUUGUUGGAUUGAGCUUCACCUGAAUGGACCUCUACAAUGGCUGGAUAAAGUAUUGACUCAAAUGGGCUCCCCAUCAGUCCGCUGCUCCAGCAUGUCGUAAAACUCCUUCUCAUUACUGGUGGGCUUAAGAUACAAAGUCCAGGCAACAGACUCAAGUCUAACAGCUCGUCUGUCAUAGUAGCUCAUGUGUGGUCUCCAUGAACUGUUUUCCUAUCCAAAAAGUUCUGUGAGAUAAUGUGUAUGUGUGUGUGUGUGUGUGAGUGAGAGAGAGAGAGAGAGAGAGAGAGUAUAUGAUAGAGAGGGAGAGAGAGAGAGAGAGAGAGAGAGAAAGCAAGCACUUGAGGGUCUUGUCAAUUUUAAAGCACCUUGUGAAUUUUGUUUCCUAUACUCUGAUGCUAGGUGAAAUGUUAGUGUAUAGAAACACCUUCUUCUGAAGGAGGGAGGGUCAUUUAAAAAGACUUUAAUGGUGUUUUUAUUGGGUAUAUAUAAAUCGAGUGUCCUAAAGGUUUACCAAUAACAUGGACAGUUUGAUUAUUGUAUUAUUCCCUCCCCCCUCAAUAUGACACCAUUCUGCUGUCCCAAGUUUUAAUUUCCAUUGGUAGACAUGCAGACCUCUUUGAUUUAGGCAGCCAUGUUGUAAAAGCCCAAGUUCUUGCUUUUCCAUAUUUUUUAUAUUUUUAUAUAUAAAUAUAUAUGCAGGCUUUUGCUGCCCGAUAACAGACUUCUGUUCCAAAACAAACUCUCCUUGCCCCAGUGUGUACAUAACCCCCGAGUGUGUGAGGUGCCUGCCACCUUUAAAGGUGCUUUGCGUUCCAUUGUUUGAAAUCAUGGGCGUCGAGCAUACUUAAAAGGCCUCACAUGUGAACUGUAAAUUUGAGUUGAUUUUUCUCUCUCCCACUUCCCUUUGGCCAAAUCAUGCUUAGAAGAG